ACGUCAUGCGGCGGCCGCCAAUAGCAUUGAGUUACAUAUCUGCAUGUAGUUUAUACGUGGCAGAAGCAGGACGAAGAUCUUUCUCCUUUGUACGUCGCUAUGUCUCACCGAAAAUUCAGCGCCCCCCGUCAUGGAUCCAUGGGAUUCUAUCCCAAGAAACGGGCCCAAAGACAUCGUGGUAAAGUGAAGGCUUUCCCGAAAGAUGAUCCAUCAAAGCCUGUCCAUUUGACUGCAUUUAUUGGUUAUAAAGCAGGAAUGACCCAUGUGGUUCGUGAAGCAGAUAGACCUGGAUCAAAGGUAAACAAGAAGGAGAUUGUGGAGGCUGUGACAAUUUUGGAGACCCCACCAAUGGUGGUAGUUGGAGUUGUUGGUUACAUUGAGACCCCUCAUGGGAUGCGUGCUUUGAAAACUGUGUGGGCUGAGCAUUUGUCUGAGGAUUGUAGACGCAGAUUCUAUAAGAACUGGUACAAAUCCAAGAAGAAGGCUUUCACAAAGACGUCAAAGAAAUGGCAGGAUGAACUUGGUCAGAAAUCAAUCGAGAAAGACUUCAGGAAGCUGGUUCGAUACUGCAAGGUCAUCAGAGUUAUCGCACACACACAGAUGAAAUUGUUGAAGAAACGUCAGAAAAAGGCACAUAUUAUGGAGAUUCAACUGAACGGAGGCACCAUUGAACAGAAAGUUCAGUGGGCUCGUGAGCAUCUUGAGAAGCCAGUUCCUGUGUCCCAAGUGUUUGGACCUGAUGAGAUGAUUGAUGUUAUUGGAGUGACAAAAGGAAAAGGCUACAAAGGUGUAACAUCUCGUUGGCAUACAAAGAAAUUACCGCGCAAGACUCACAAGGGUCUGAGGAAGGUUGCUUGUAUUGGAGCUUGGCACCCUAGUAGAGUAUCCUUCACAGUUGCCAGGGCUGGUCAGAAGGGGUACCACCAUCGUACAGAGAUGAACAAGAAGAUUUACCGUAUUGGUCAAGGCAUUCACACAAAGGAUGGCAAGGUUGUGAGGAACAAUGCCUCUACAGAAUAUGAUCUCACAGAGAAGACAAUCACACCAAUGGGAGGCUUCCCUCAUUAUGGUGAGGUCAAUAAUGAUUAUGUGAUGUUGAAGGGAUGUGUUAUGGGCCCCAAGAAGAGAGUUAUCUGUAUGCGCAAGUCUCUACUUGUUCACACGAAGAGGAAGGCACUUGAAAAUAUCAAACUCAAAUUCAUUGAUACAUCUUCAAAGUUUGGUCACGGUCGUUUCCAGACCGCAGCUGAUAAGGCAGCAUUCAUGGGUCAGCUUAAGAAAGAUCGUGUCAAAGAAGAAACAAGUGCACAGUAACUUUUGUUGCAUCUUGCUGUAAUAUGAGAUGAAAUAAAAUUAAUAGUGUGUUACAUGCUGUAA